AUGGAGACUUUGGUGGCUGCUCAGAAUCAGUCAUCGAAUAAUUCUCAAGAUCCAUUGCAACGAACAAUAAUCUCUGAGAAUGUCUCGAUGCUCAUUCCAGUGGCACCCGUCAAUGAUCAACAAUAUCACAUGCCACCCGGUUUCCCUUGGGGAAUUCCUCACGUAGUGACUGUUGUGAUGUUUGUACCUCCUCUUGUGGUGCAUACGAUUCCUUAUAAUAAAGAAAACAUUUAUCACGCUGCUCCAAGCAAAGUUGUAGGAGUAAAUGAAAGGUUAGAAGGAUUUCAAGAUCAGUUCUUAGAAAUGAAAAGGGAAAUCAACUCUCUUCGAGGUAAGGAUCUUUUUGGCAAGACCGCUUUCGAACUCUGCUUGGUUCCUAAUGUUCAAAUUCCGCCCAAAUUCAAAGUACCAGACUUCGAGAAAUACAAAGGAAAAUCAUGUCCUCAAAGUCAUUUGGUGAUGUAUGCUAGGAAUAUGUCCACUCAGACUGACAACCAUCAGCUUCUGAUCAACUACUUUCAAGACAGUUUAACCAGUGCCGCUCUUAAGUGGUACAUGGGCUUGGACAACGCGAAGAUCCGUACUUUCAACGAACUUGGUGAAGCUUUUAUUUGUCAAUACAAAUAUAAUAUAGAUAUGGCUCCAGACAAAGAUCAACUAUGUGCCAUGUCUAAGAAAGACAAAGAGAGUUUCAAGGAAUAUGCUAAAAGCGCACCCAGUGAUUUCACCGAGAUGGUAAACAUGGGCAUGCGACUUGAGGAAGCAGUCCAAGAGGGACGUUUGACUAAGGAAGUCGGCGCUUCUAGUCAUGUUAAGAAAUUCGCCAAUAAUUUCUCAAAGAAGAAAGAAUCGGAUGUUAGUGUCGUUUCAUAUGGCAGACAAAGAAGAAAGUAUCAACAUGUUGCAUCAGUUUCACUAAUCAUUAAUGCACAAAUGGUAGCACCAAUUUAUCAGCAAUAG